AUGAACUCUUUGGAGGUUUCCAAGGCAAGUUCUCAGGCUAAACUUAAGGUCAAUCCUGAGGUUGCCCGGAAAUCCAACACUCUUCUCGAGAAGGGUAAGGAAUUUUUGAACCUGAAGAAUUAUGAUGAUGCUCUCAAGUUCUUAACAAAAGCUUUGAAAGUAAAUGAGCAUAACUAUGAUGCGAUGUUUUUCAAGGGCGUUACCUACCUUGACAGUGGUAACCCAUCAAAGGCUAUUAAGGAGCUCACAAUGAUCAUUGAAAAUGUGCCUAACUUUAAGAACACGGUCUACUUAGUAUUAUCAACAUGCUACAUGAGGAACAAUGAUACCGUAUCAGCUCUGAUGAUUUUGAAUAAGGCGAUUCAGAAGUACCCAAAAUUUGUGGAAGCAUAUGUAGCUAGAGGCCAGGUCUACACCCUGCUGAACAUAAAUGACAACAAUAAUUUAUCACUAGGACAGAUCUAUGAGAGGAUUAUUACUGAUUACCAAUCUGUAAUAAACCUGCUGCCUAAUAAAGGCCUUGGAUACAUUGGCAAAGGAGAUGCACUUAAAGGCCUUGGAGAUUAUUCAGCUGCCCUUAAGUGAUAUUCUAAGGCUAUCCAGCUGGAUGAGAGAGAAAUAGCCAAAGGUACUGAUAUUAAUAAGAUCGAUGCCAAAGAUAGCCUCAUAAAUGGCAGAUUUAAAAGAGCUCGUCUAUAUUACCAGCUUAAGAUGUUUGAACAAGCUCAAAGGGAUCUAAAUGAGUUGUUGAAGACAAAUCCUGAAAAUGCUAAAGCUCAUUUCUAUUUAGGAAAAAUUUUGAGUAAACAAGAUCCACAUCAGGAAGCCUUUAUCCAUUUUGAACAGGUGAUAACCCAUAAUGAUGAUUCCUUUCUAUCAUGAAAUGCUUUAUUAGAGAUAGCAAAGUUGAGAAUCAAAGAGAAGGAUUUCUAUGAAGCACACUAUAGUCUUAAACGAAUAGGAUUAUUUAACUUCAAAUCACAGAAAUUAACCCAAUAUCAGACCUUCACAGAAGGAGUCUUAUAUUUAAUCAAACGAAAGAUAAAGAAGGGGAUUCAACUAUUGUCUUCACUUGAAGUUACUUCGAACACUAGGACUUCAAGCUCAGCUACUACUUUGAAGCCGAAGAUGCGAGAGCCCACUAUCGCAUCUAGCUCGACUAUAAACUGUGAGAACUCUGAAAAAGACGGUCUAGACUCCUUCCUAAAGCCUUUGGUCUACAUCUAUCGUGCAUAUGGUUAUAUUUCUAUUGAGAGUUACGAGAAAGCUAUUGCUGAUUUAAUCUCUGGUGCAAAGCUGACAAAGCUGGACUUAUGUAGCCAGUACAACAAGUUAUUAGCCACUGGGUUCAGCAAGCUGAACAAGAGCGCCUUCACUGAUGCGCAGUCUAUAUUUAAGAAAGCGUCCUUUGGAGACUUUAGCAAGAAUAAGGAGCCUUAUUUGCUACAGCUGAUUUCGAUGAUCAAGUCUGUAUCUUCCAGUGAGGCUAGCAUUGAUGUCAUCAAUGUGGAUCUUCCUAAGAAGAGAAAAGCUAUUGAGAGUUGUAUUGAGGUGGCCAAUGAGGCGAUUACGAAAAACCCAGAUGAUCUUUCUUUGUAUUAUCAUAGAGGUCUGCUUCUGUUCUAUUUACAUCAAUUCUUUGAUGCUUUCUUAGACUUUGAUUAUAUUGUGGAGAAGGAAGAAGAGCCUAAUAGUAAAUAUUAUCUUGCUAGAGGUAAAUGAUAUGCUUGUUUAAGUAUGUUUCCAGAAGCUGUCAAAGAUCUUACAGCUGCCAUCACUCUUGAUGAAGAAUGUCUUGAUGCUUACCUCAAUAGAGGUAAAUGUGCCUACCUCCUCGGUGACACUCCUCUCUCCUUCCUUGACUUCCAGAAACUCAUCAUGGUCGAGCCCAAGAACCCACUUGUGCAUGUCUACGCUGGUAACCUCCUGAUGACCACUGGCUCUUACGAUGAUGCUGCAAAAGCGUUCUCGAAUGCAGACCAAGUCAAGAAGUGUGCUCUCGCAAUAUACCAGAGAGCUCGUUGCAACAUUGCACUCUCCAACAUUGGUGAUGCCAUGAACGACCUUGCGACUGUGAUCGAGCUGAACCCACACGACAAAAUUGCAUUUACUGAUAAAGAGUGCUUGUAUGCAGUCACCAGUGCCAUGAAAGUGCUCAAGCAAAGUCUGGAUGUUGAAGAACAGAAACUCGAAGUUGCCAAGCUCUGAAACAUCCUGACAAAGCUGACCAACAAAGACUACAACAACAACGAUGUCAAGAGCAAGAACAUGUCAACAAGGACACACGCCCAGAUCAUCCCGAAUGUCAGACGAAUCAAAGUCGAGAAACUCAGAAUUGUCGACUACAUGAAGAAGAAAGAGAAAGACAAGUACAUUGCUGAUGUCAAAGAUGUCAAGGUCGAACACACCAGAGACUACACAGAGCCCAGCAGCCGCCAUAAGACACUGGCUGAAUCGAUCACACCUUUCAGCUACUACAAAGAAAACAUUUUCAGUGAAGAAGACUUCUUCUUGUACAGAGCCAUUUUGCUGUUCUACUCUGGCCAGUACGACCGAGCUCGUAAAGACUUCGAAGUGUCUCUGCACAAGAAAGAAGCCAAUAAAGACGACAACGACAACUCCGACACUGAGAGCGAGACCAGCAACCAGACAGAUCUGUCCGAUGUGGGGCUGUGAUCGCUGAAUGUGCACGAGUCGAAGUACAACCAGGCGUUGUGUCAUCUGAUGCUGAAGGAGUACAGGGAAGCGCUGGAGAUAUUUGACGAGUUGAUAUCGAAAGGACCAGACAAGUAUGUAAAGUCACUAUAUCUGAUAAGAGGACUUAUUUAUCAACAAAAUGGUGAAGGAAACAAAUCAAAAUUCGAUUUCAACAAAGCUUUCGAUGAAGACCAAGAAACUGCUAUAAAAUACUUCGAUGACAACAAGCAUGUGACUAUUCACCCAUUCCCUGUUUCCAACCGAUUAUGCUCAAAUUUCCCAAAUGUCAAGUUGACGAUCGAUAAAAAUCAUCCUGCUAUCCUAACAAAGCCUUCUUUUUCCUUUCCGUUCAUUAAGCCGCCGAACAUGAUUCCAAAUGUGGAUGAAAGAGUCCUCACGAAGGAAUUUGACAUCUCUGAAUUCUCUCUAAACAAGCCUGAGGCUCCUUGGAUCAACCGCUGAGAGUAUGGAAUUCAGUUCACAGACCAGAUCCAGUACGAUGAGUUUAAGAUUGAAGAGAGCAUUCAGCUUAAAAAUGAGAAGGAAAGUACCAAAUCUGAUAAGGAUGAGUACUCCAGCCGGCUACCUAUCUCUGUCUCUGAGAAGAUCAGGAAGCCUUUCGACUUCUUUGAAGAAGAUAGUGAUAGCAAUUAG